AAUAGCGCUGAAAUUGGCUUGUGCGGUACUUAACUGUCAAAAAGGACCUAAGCUCCUGAUAUUGUCUGGUGUAUGAGUGUAAUAGUUUUUCGAAUCAGCUGGUUCCUGUAGGCGAUCAGGAGAAUAUUCAAGUCCUAACCUAAAAUAAUACAAAACUGUGAUAUGAAUUCAACUCCUUCACUUGGUAAAACGAACGGUCCGGACACACGAUGCAUUUAUUUCGAAGACAUCCAGUUUUUUUCUCCAAAUAUCGAUAUGUCGUCAUGGAACAAAACUGAAGUAAACAAAUAUUUUCAUGUUCUUGAAAACAACUCGACAGACUGUUUCACUGUCGUUAAUAUAUCAAUUCCAACCAACAGAGAGGGGAUUUUAUGCGUUACGGAUUCAAUUACCAAUAAACAAUUAAUUUGUUUCCCACUCAAUGAGAUCAAAAACUUGUCAAAGGGAUCCGACACCGCAACAGCAAAUUAUGUUUUACUAACUCACGGUACUUCACCAUCAAAUAACGAAGCGAUAGACCCGUCUUCAGAAGAGCCAUUGAACAUGUACCUAACACAUAUAUUACGUUGUCCAACAUAUCAUGGGACGUUGAAGAUAAUCGAUGUCAUCCGUCGAAUCAUUACUGAAGAAACUGGAUCCACUGCUACUAUGUCAGGUGUGUGGGAGCCUCAAAGUGUUACUUUACGUUUACAUUUGGAUAUAAGAGAAGAUGACGGAUCGAAUGUUAACUUUACUCCUGUACCAAAAGAAAAAUCGGAAUUAUUUAAAAUGAGAAAGAGCACAGCUAAACGACUAUUUGUUGGUGUCAGUCAAUUAGACGGUCAUAUUUAUCUACCGAUAAAUGGAAUUUUAGACGUAUGUUUGGGUUUUGGUCGUUAUCUAUCGGAUAGUGAACUAACCUAUUUGGGAGGUGAAGAAAAUGUCACACGAGGAGAAGCAUCAUCUAAUUCUUUAAGCGGAACUUCAUUUUCUACUUGGGUUACUUGGCCAUCAAAUCAUAAUCAAUUCUCUAUGUUUGAUGUCGUUGGAAGUCGUGAUGAAUGUAUAUUCUUCACGGUUGUUGUACGCCUACUUAUCCAUAGACUUGAAGAACCAUUAGCUCUGCGACGAAUCUGCCGAGCGCGUGUUUAUAAACCAGAUGAAAUAUUUUGGCUCUCUUUAGAUAGAAAACCUGUUAUAGAGGAUUAUACUAUUAAAUUAACUGAGAGUAUAGAUGAAAACGGAAAUUUACACGCUGGUAAAAUACAGAAAAUUUUCAAUGUUACUGCAUUUCAUCCAGAACAUAAUCAAUCAAUUGUUCCAUCAGUUGUUAAUCAAGCUGAAGAUAGUGACAAUGAACCACUGAUGAGCGGUAAUGGAAUUGUAUCGAGAGAAGUUACAGAUGAUCAGCUACUUCUUGAAUGGGGACAUUUAGUUACUGAAUGGCAUAACAAAGUCAGACAAGAUCAAGCUAAUGGUCUCGGCUUAUCUACAUAUUGUUUGAGAAUUGAAUUAUUGUAUAGUGGUUGUUCUGGUCCUCAUAUUUCUCAUUUAGGUUCUGCAUUUUGUCAACGAAUUAGAAAACUAGUUAAUCGUGGUAUUCCAGAUGCCUUACGAGCUGAAGUUUGGCAGUUAUUAUCUGGUUGUCCUGUUGAUGAAAGUGGACUGAUGGAUGCUUAUCGAAUUCUUAUUACUAAACCAUGUAAACAUGAUGAAGUUAUACGUCGUGAUUUAGCACGCACAUUUCCAGCUCAUAGUUUCUUUCGUGAUAAAAUUGGACAGGAAAGUCUUUUUCUUGUUAGUCGUGCUUAUGCUUUGUACGAUGAAGAAGUUGGUUAUUGUCAAGGUUUAACAUUUUUUGCCGCUGUAUUAUUACUUCAUAUGCCAGUAGAACAAGCAUUCACACUAUUAGUACAAGUGAAUAACAAUUAUGGAGUUCGAGAAUUUUUCUUAAAUGAUUUCGAUGGAUUACAUAUGCGAUUAUAUCAAUUGGAUCGUAUUAUUCAGGAUCAAUUGCCAGAUGUAGCAAAACAUUUUAGUGAUCUUGGCUUAGAAACUCACAUGUUCGCUAGUCAAUGGUUUUUAACAUUGUUCACUGCUAAAUUUCCAUUAAAUGUUGUCUUUCAUAUUGUUGAUCUGUUUCUAACUGAGGGUUUGAUAUUCAUAUUCAAAGUAUCUUUAGCACUAUUGCAAUUGGCUAGACGUGAUUUACUCGGUUUGGACUUUGAAGGUGUUCUCAAGCAUUUGCGUGUUACGAUGCCAAAAAAAUAUUUAGUCCAUGAUGCUAAUCAAGAAUUACUUAGUAUUGCAUUAUCGGCUAAAGUUACUUCCGCCAAAUUACAAAAAUAUGCUAAAGAAUGGAUAACAAAGAGGGCUCAAGAAAAAUUAACCGAAUCUCCUCUGCAUGUCAUGGAGUGUCAGUUGGCAUCAUUACGUCGAGAAGUUUCUCGAUUAGAACACGAGAAUGAAUCACUGGCUACCGGUCUUUUAUCGAGUAAAACAUUAAUGCACAAACAAGUUGACCGGUUAGAAGAUAAAGCUGAAAUAUUAACUCGAGAAUUAUUCGCUUCCAGGCAAGAUUUCCAAGAUGCUUUAGAAGAGAAAGCUCACUUAGAAAAUGAAGUACUACAGGUGAAAAAAAUGUUUCGUAAUGCACUUGAAGAGAAUUCCAUUGAAUUAAAAAGAAAUCAACAUAUGUUUACUAGUUAUAAAGCAAUUAUAAAAGAAUUAAAUGAUUAUUUAAUUAAAAUUAAUGAAAAUUAUCCUAUCAAUUCAUUAACUAUUAAUCAAUUAUAUAAACAUGAUCCGUUAUUUUUGGAUUUAACUUUUGAUUUAAUAAAACAAGUAUUACAUUGUAAAGAAUGUUCAUCAAUUGUCAAUACUUAUAUUGAAAAAUCAAAUAAUGUAAAUUUAACAGAUAAUGUAAAUACUUCUUUAUCUAUUAGAGAGGAAGAGAUUGUUAAUAUGAACAAUAAUAAUGAUAAUACAGACAAACAAAAUCAAGAUCAUUUGAAUAAUCAAUCUGAAGAAAAAAUCAUUAAUGGUAAAUGUACAAGAAGACAAUCAAUUAUACAUAUUCUUGAUAAAUUCAAAUUAUUGAAUAUACCUAACAAUUGUUCUUCUCCAUCAUUGAAAUUACAUGAACUAAAUGGUGAUAAAUCAAUGGAAGAAUCUAUCAGAAUAAAUAAUAUUACAUCUAAUACAAUUAAUGAAAAUAAUUGUGAAACAUCAUCACACUAAUAAACAAUUAUCUAUUGAAAUUAUGUAAAUAUUAUUUAUCAUUAAUUAUGUAUUUAUCUUAUAAUUUUCAAUGUUAACAAAUUAAAACUAAUACUAAUUUUAAAUUGUAUUUAUGAUCAUAUUCUCUUAAUUCAUUACACUACUAUAUCGCCGUAGUAACUAUUAUUAUUACGAUUAUUAUUAUUGUUACUUUCUGAGUGAUUAUUCAUCAUUAUUUUCAUUUUCGUUUUAAUUAUUUGAAUUAUUUUUUUUCUUUUCUUUAUCUUUUUAUAUUUUGAUGAAUGAUCUUACCAUUUAUUUAUUUCUUUUGUCUUAUUUAAUAUAUAUUACGAAAUAAAUAAAAAUUACAUUAAAUCUUCAUCAUAAUUAUUUCUUUAAUUUCAAUUUUAUUUUAUUUUAUAAUAAUUGUAAACUUGAUCAUUUAAACAAUCAUAGCAUAUUUGUAAUUGAAUUAAAUUGAAUUGUUCAAUAUGUUAUAAAUUAUUUUGUAACGUUCAAGAUUUUGUUGUUUGAAACUAUAAUUCAUUUCUGUAAUAAACCUUUUCCUAUGACUCUUUUUUUCUCAAAAUUUGCUUUAUAAUGUUGAAUUAUAUAAUAUCAGCCUGAAGAAAAAAAAAUUAUUCGCAAAUUGUAAUUUCAAUUAGAUAUCUCUUUUAAUUAGGUAAAUUAUACUCUUCUACUAUCAAUUUCAUAUAGAUUUCUUUACUUCUAUAAAAAAAAAACGUAAAGAUAUAUCUAUAUACAAUGAAUAAAGGUUUCUCACAUAGCAACAAACUUCUUUAAUAUGAAAAUCGACUACUUAAUUUAGUAUACAAUUGAUAUUUUAAAUAACUUUUUUUGUCUGACUGUUAGAGGCUUUAUCUAAAUAUUAAUCUCUUGAAAAGUAAAGAAUUCUUAUAUGUUAACUUCAUUAAAUUUAAAACAAUAACAUACUUCAAGAAAUAUUAAUAAUUUGGGAAUUUUAUUAAGCUAUUGUGUAUAUUGACUUUAUUAUUUUCAUAUCUUCAAAAUCUAUCGAAUUAUCUUCCAAAUCAUUUGGCUCAUUAAAAACCCAUUUAUUUAUUAUAAUUAUACUAAAUCCUACUAUGUGUUCUACUUGUAUUCCAUUUUAAUAUGAAGCUGAUAUAGUGAAUAAUGCUUGAGAUUUAAUAGUCAGUUCAUAACUUCAUUCAUUCAGAAGUAAAAUACAAUAAACCUUGUAUUACAACUGCAUAAUUAUUUUUAAUGGCUUUAGUUGUGUUAAUUAAUCUUAAGUAUUUUGUGUAUCAGUUUAUCAAUUUACUAAAAAGAAAUAAUUUUUAUUGGC